GCCAGUGAUGUCGAGCUCUGUGCUAUCCGCCAUUGACCCCAGACUUGGCUUAUCGCUCCGGAUCACCCCUCCCCCACAUCCCACGCGCGGUGAUAUAACCUUCGACGGACCCUUCUUUUGCUGAACGUUGGUUGGCCAUAUCGUAUAUUUAGCUAAAGCUUGAAUUCGCUAAUCAUGAGCACCGCUGCUGUUGUGUCUGAGCCGGGGACAACUCUCCUUCGCAUCGCAUCAGGGAACGGGACGGUUACGCGCCGCAUCCUAACAACUCCGCUCCGUGAUGCUCUGCCCGCUGAGAUCCCCAUCAUCGACAUCUCACUCGCCUUCAGCCCCGAGCUUGCGGAUCGAAAGAUAGUUGCACAUCAGAUCCGAGAAGCUGCAACAACCUCUGGCUUUUUCUACCUGGCCAACCAUGGAAUUGACCCGUCCAUCACCACCUCCGCACAUACAGCAUGUCUGGACUAUUUCCGUCAGGGCGAGGAGGCCAAAAUGCAAUCCUGGGUGGGCAAGAGUCGUUACUUCAAUGGGUACAAGCCGCCUGGAUCCCAGCGCAUCAACAAGUCAGAGAGUGUCGACAACCGCGAGUCGUUCAGCUGGACCUAUGACCCCCGCUACGACACCGACAUCACGGAUAUAGGAGCUAUCCCAGAAGGGGUGAGGAGGUUCCUCAGGAUGGAGGACUUCCACUGGGACGGGACCUCCAACAUGCCUCAUUUCAAAGAGGCCAUCAUUCGGUACUGGCAAUCCUGUCUGAAGCUCGCGCGUGUGUUGGUCCGCGCGUUUGCUUUGUCUCUCGAGCUGCCAGAGGACUUUUUCGAUGCCAAGUUUGCGUAUCCCGACGCCGCUUUGGCGCUGAACUAUUACCCCCCAUUGCCCAAGCCUGCGGGCGAUGCCGAGUCAGACACGAACACCCAGGUCUCGAUAGGGUCGCACACGGACUUUCAGCUCUUCACCAUUCUGUGGCAGGACACCGUCGGGGGGCUGCAGGUAUUGAACCGCCAGGGACAAUGGAUCCGGGCGGCGCCGAUCCCAGGGACAUUCGUUGUCAACAUCGCCGACUACCUACAGCGCAUCACGAACGACCUCUACGUCAGCACCGUCCAUCGCGCACAAAAUCUGAGCGGCGAAGAGCGCAUCAGCAUGCCUUUCUUCUUCGGCUUUGGCCUCCAUGAGAGUUGCGGCGUCCUCGAAACUUGUGUCGAGGAUGGGGAGAGGCCCAAGUACGAUGAAAUCGGUUGCGAGGAAUGGGUGCAGAGGAGAGCGAGGGCUAUGCAUAAAGUCGAAUCGGAUGACGAGAGCGAGAGAUAGCCUGGCGUUUUCUGUCUUCGUCGAUUUGGCCGUGCGCAUCGCCACGGAUAGUCUCUUAUAUUCAAAACUCUUCAUUUCGGGCUGGUGGAAGUCGAUUCCCAGCAUGUCGCUUAUGGCAAAGUUUCCCAAGAGUAACGCGGCUUCAAAAGGAAAUAGUGUUGAUUACCACAAUGGAUGAACGUAAACC